CGAGUCCCUAAUCACACCAAGCGGCGCCCCUUCUCAGCCACCCCUUCCUUCCCCAGUCAGCAGCAACGGCAACGGCAACGGCAACAGAAACAGCAACAGCAACAGCAGCGAAGCUCCUUUAGGAUUGAACAGUGAAUUAAACAGAACCAUAACUGGUGGUGCCAGGGGGAAGAAGCAGUAGGCAAGGUUGUUGUUUCAAUCAUCAUGGAGGCUAAAUUCUUUCGCUUUCUUAAAAUUGUUGGAGUUGGGUACAAAGCCAGAGCUGAAGCAGAGGGAAGGCUCUUAUUUCUCAAACUGGGAUACAGUCAUGAGGUUGAACUUACUGUUCCUCCAGCUGUCCGCAUUUUCUGCUUCAAAAACAAUGUAGUCUGCUGCACCGGACUUGACAAGCAGAGGGUGCACCAAUUUGCUGCUACUGUUAGAAGUUGCAAGCCUCCAGAAGUUUACAAAGGCAAGGGUAUAAUGUACAUUGAUGAAGUUAUCAAGAAGAAACAAGGAAAAAAAUCAAAAUGAUGGCUGAGGUGCAUGAUUCUUAUUUUGCACAAAUGUAUUGGCUAGUUGAUGUGACUGGAAUUGCAAUGCCCUCAUUUGCUAUAACUGAGUUGAAUCGUUAAACAAAUCAUAGGCAUUUUGGAAUUCUUAACGGCUAUUCAAUAAUUUUUAGAGUUCAAUAAGUCACUGUAUUCUGAUGUGUUGGAUUGAUGUCUUCAAAAUCAGAGUUGGAUAAGGUGAUUCUAAGCUGGUGUUAAUCAGAGUUGCUUCAUUUUCUUUUCCCUUUCUUUUUUUCUGUUUUUCCGCUCAGGACAUUAACUGAGGCAACAUUCCAAAAGACCCAAAUGCUGAUAAUGACAGCAAUAAGAGUGGAUAGUAUUUAGUUCUAAUCCUUGUGCUUCAUUUUGGACAUAUAGCCA